AUGGCUGACUGGUGAGAUUAAGUCAAUGAUCAAAAAGAAAGAAACACUACGGCGAAAAAUCCGUCGCGGAACAAAUUCUGCUGCACUUGUACAGAAAUACAAGAAUCUCCGCCGUACAUCUAAGAGAUCAAUCAAAGAAAGUCGGGAAAAGUUCUUGGUUCCCUAAGCGAAGCUCUACCAGCCAAUACGAAACUGUUCUAGUCAUUUUUUAAAACAACCACUAAAUCCAGCCGUAUUCCACAGCAAGUUUCCGUCGCGAAAGGCAACGAAGACUCCCCACGCUUAGAUUCCACUAGUCAAAAACAAGCUGCAGAAAUGUUCAAUGACUACUUCCACACAGUAUUUCUAACAGAAGGUGAUGAUAUUUCAAUCCCCGCUACAUCUGUAUGUGAAGAGACUAUUUCUGACAUUAUUUUAGACCCAAGUGAAGCAUAUGACGUUCUUCAUUGCCUCGAACCUAGUAAAGCAUCUGGUCCAGAUAAUAUACCAAUCCGCUUACUAAAACAAUGUGCGCACUCCAUCACGCCAUCAUUAGCAUGUCUCCUCAGCAAAUUCUUAAAGCAGGCCUCCCUACCAUCAGAAUGGAAACUGUCCAACAUCAUCCCUCUUCAUAAUAAAGGAAUCAAGAAUUUUGUUGAGAAUUACAGACCAAUUUCUCUCAUGUGCGUUAUUGCGUUAUUUUAG